CAGUGCGGGGGUUUCGCCGCUCGAUCAGCUGAUGAACGCUGAGUUCUUUCUCGGCCGGGACCCAGUGCUAAGCGGCUCCAGGAAAUCAGACAGAAGCUAUGCUCUAACGGGGUCCGUAACAGGAGACAGAAUGUUCCGCGGUGAUUUCCAGGAGGAGAGGCAGGCGACGAAGGACUCGAAGCUGCAAGCGGUCUUCAGCAAGCUGACCGGCGUCCUGCCGAGGGCCGAGGACCUGGGCAACGGCAAUCCGAAGACUAUGUCCUCGGACAUUAUCGAAUCGGUCCUGGCCGACACUCCCGUACCGGUACCCACAAACUGGACGCACGAUCCUUAUCCGCUAUCGGACGACGGCCUCACCGCCAUAACUACCCUCGCACAGCGUCUCGAGUCGGAGCUGAGGGGCGCUAAACGCACCCACUUGGCCUGCGGCGAAGUGUUAUUGCCGUGCGGCCUGUUGCGACGCAUAGCACGCGACAUAGUGGCGAUGGCGGAGUCGGAGCCGUGCGGCCUACGCGGCUGCAAGCUCUACAUGCUGUUCGAGACCGACGACAACUAUUGCAUGCGACUCGGACACGUGCAGUGCGAUCUGGCCACCGCCACCACUUUUGAGCUGUAUCUGACCCUCAAGCAGAGCGCCACGGGUUGGAAUUUCCUGCCGCAGUUCCUCAGGAACUUGACACGCGGCGGGACAGUGGUGAUAAGUCCGGCUUACACGCUGAGCAAAAAGAAGCUUUACCGGUCCAUUACCGUCGAAUAGAGGCGGACCAAGGAAGUUGGAUAAGACUGAUUUUGAUUCUAUCGCAGUGAGUCUCUCUAUAUCUCCCCCAAUCUCGAACUGUCCCCUCCCCCCUAUUCAACCCUCCCCCUUGGAACACAAGCAGUUCUUGUAACCGUUUAGCCUGAAAAUCAAUAAAAAAAAACACAAAAGCUCCAAAAAAAAACAAAUAAUCGUGAUAGAAUGUAGUGACCUAAUAAUAUGCAUAGAAUUUUCGUAUAUAUAUAUAAAGUUUAUUUGAAAAUUGAUAAUAUAACGUGACUGACGAAUAUUGGGACGGACGUCCGACGUCGCGUCGGCCAAAAAAUCAUAAAGGAACCGCGACGUCGGCCUCCCAAGCCUUGCGGGACUUUGAAACAUAGGAUCAGUGAUAUUAGAGUGAUUUUUUUAUGAUGUACCUGCGGUAUACGAGCCCCCCUCCAACACACCCCCCCACUAAACAAAUCAAUAUUAAUCACGAGUCCAGUCCGACCAAACUUUCGUAUCGAAAUUUUUAUAUAGUCUAUUUGCUGAUGAUUAAGGUCCAAUGAAAAAUUACCGGGGGGGCCAGGGGGGUUCCUGUGCCUGGAAAUCAUUCGGGCGCUCCCCGGAUCGGUCCGGGGACCUCGCGAAGGAUUUUGUUAUUAAGAUUGAUCAAAAUAUAUUCGAGAUAAGUUUUUAUGAUAGGUUCGGGUGCGGUUCUCUUGCGGAUAAACUUCGGUCUAUCGAAUUGACAUUUUUUAUUUCAUUUUUUUUUGUGUUCGUCGCGCAUCACCGUUUUGUUUUAUUUCAUUGAAUUUCGCUAUUGCCAUUGGUUCUUGAUAGCGAUAUGUUUAAAAUUGGACGUUCGUAUGUGUUUACGAAGUAAUUACGGAGAUGUGCUUUAGAGUUUUAACUUUCGGUUCUUUUUUUUAAUUGGGUUUCUUAUCCGCAAGAGAAUGUGAUUUGUACAUUUUUGUAAAUUUUUGUAAUUUAUUAAUUUCCGUUAAUAGCUCAUACGUUGUGAUAUAAAUUGUAUAAAAUCAAAAAAUUUUAAUAAUAAUAAUUUGAACAGUAUUUUGCAAUUUAGGUAUUAUAUUUAUUAAUCAUUAUGUUAUGUACAACAGCUCCUUGUUAAUUACCCAGAAAAAACAGACGAAUUAAACUACAUUGUUCAAAAGUCGAAAACUUGCACAUAUCAGUCAUAUAAAUAGAUCUCAGAAGAAAACGUGGGCCUGUACAAACAAUUUAUGUGAUAUGUCUGUUAUUUCCUUAUCAGUAUUAAUUUCGUAAUUAAUAAGGAUACAUUGUUAUGUUUCGUUUAUGAUCGUAUACAGAGUGUUUCGACACUAAUAAUUCCCUCUUUUGUCAUGGAACACUUUGUGCACGACAAUUCUUUGAUAAGAAUCUCUUAGGUAAGAUCUUGUGUGAUAGAUUUUGUACUUUAUCAACAAAUUAUUACUACUAUUAUUAUAUUAUAUGUGAAAUGAACAUGUCAAUAAAGUUUAUUUAAAAUAUUAA